GUUGCCGUCAUUAGAGCAUCAUCAGUGGUACUGCUCAGCAUCCCGGAAGUUCAGCAUCAUUUUUUUUUUCCUCAGGAGGAAGAAGAUACGCAUUACCGUCAGAGCUUUGAGACGUUCAGGGAAAUAAACAUCGACAUACCAGGAAGAAACACGCUAUUCUUCGCUUGUGGCGAUGACUUGAAAGGGGUGUCACAGUUUUUGUUUAUUUUAAUUUUUUUUUUGUCAUCAUGAAGUCAUCUUUUUUGGCCUGACUGAGCUCCYUCAAAGCCACAGAGGACUAAUUGCUCUGCAGUUUUCACUUUUAAGACAAAUGAAGUGACCAACAGGAGAAAAUGUCAUCAUUCCAGGUGGUGGACUCAUCGCCUGGCAGCAGUGUCAGCAUCAUGGAAACGUCAAACUUUGCCCAUGUCAUCUUCCAAAAUGUGGGGAAGAGUUUUCUACCCCAGGCGCCCUUGGAGUGCCGUUACACCUUGACCCCUUACAUUACUCCCCACCCUAAAGACUGGGUGGGCAUCUUCAAGGUGGGUUGGAGCACAGCCAGAGAUUACUACACCUUCCUUUGGUCUCCAAUGCCGGAAAAUUACGAACCAGGAACUACUGUGCACAGGACUGUGGUGUUUCAAGGUUAUUACGUUCCGAAGUCAGAUGGGGAAUUCUACCAGUUCUGUUAUGUCACUCACACGGGCGACAUCAGAGGAGCCAGCACGCCUUUCCAGUUCAGACCGGCUACACCCACCGAAGAGCUGCUGACUGUUACUGAGGAUGACAGCAACUCAGACAUACUGGUUGUUACCACCAAAACUGGCUUACUGGAGCGUGUGGAGGAGGCACAGCAGGAGCGUAGGGAGCUGCUGAAGGCUAUGCGCCUCCUACAGGAGGAGAAACAGCAGCUGCAGGAGGAGCAGAAACGACUGGCCAGGGAAAGGGAGCAGGAGAGGGAAACGUGUUGCCUUCUGCGAACACACAACCAGGAGCUGCUGCGCUCAUCACAAGGACUUUCAGAGGAGCGGGAGGAGGUAAGGAGGAAGCUGACUGAGGCCAAAGACCGGGUCCGCCAGCUGGAGGAGGACCUGUUGGGAGUCACCCAGAGAGGCCUGCAGAAGGAGACGGAGCUGGAUUGUCUGCGAGAUCGUUUGAAGAAGCUGACAGCAGAGCGAGACGGCCUCGAGAGCCAGCUGAAGAAUGAGAAGGACGAGCGAGAUCUCUACAAGGCUCACCUGCGCAGCACGGAGCUGGAGAACACCAAGCUGAGCGCGGAGCUUCAGAUGCUGAAGGCGGUGGAGCUGAACAGGGAGGUGACCAUCGCUCAGUUCCAGGAGGAGCUGGAGAGGCUCCGAGUCUGUGUCGCCCAGCGGGACAGUCUGGAGAAGGAGCUGCUGGCGUACAAAGCUGAUAAGGCUGAACUAGGCCGCGUCCGCGAGCAGCUCCGUCAGGCUGAAGAGCAGCUCCAGGCAUCCCGGCAGCAGGCCUCCCUCCUGGCCUCGGAGCUCCGUGACGCGGCCAGUGCCCGCGACCACACCAUGACGGAGCUGUACCGCGCCCGCGUGGAGGCGGACAAGCUCCGCGCCAGUUUGACUGACGCUCAGACGGAGUGCCGCCGCAUGGAGAGCCAGCUGGACCGCAUGAGGAGCACCGCUCACAAGGAGGUGGGUGUUGGAACCAUCGGGGAUGCGCCGCCCAGCGUCAUGGUGGUGUCCGAGGCCGAGGCCGAGCUGCAGAGGGAGGUGGAGGAGCUGAAACUGCGCCUCCACAUGGCUGCCGAGCACUACAAGGAGAAGUACCGGGAGUGUCAGCGCCUCCGCAGGCAGGUGGCCAAGCUCAGCGCUGCAGAGCCACAGGGCGAGUCCAAGAAAAAUGUGUCGACUGAGACGACACAAGAACCACUGACCUCUAGUCCGGAAUCCCCUACAAAAGGAAAUAUUGCUACUGCAGUUCUGCAGGAAGUUGCAGAGAUGACAAUCCCCGAAGAACUCCAAACCAAGCAACCCACGCCUGCAGAGGCUCACAUCAGCACAGGAACGGAGGAACAGCAGGCAGAGAAGUCAAUGAAAGAAAAGGAUGACUUGGAGGCUGAGGAGGACGGAAAACAGACGGAAGACGACGGGAACGAAGCCAGCGGGAAGGUGGAGAAGAAGGAGAGCCUUCCGGAGGAGAGUCUGCGGAUGACGAGUUGGGUGGAGGUGGGCGGCGAGAGGCCGGCCGCGGAGGGACACGGAGAGGCCGAAGCGGAACUGACGGCGGAGCCAGCGAGGGACGGCGUGGAGGAACAGAGACUGCUGGAGGCGGGAGGGAGGAGCGCGGAGGAGGCUGAGAAGGAGCAGACGCUCUCGGUGGAGGCAGAGCUGGCCAUGAUGGAGGAGAAGUGGAGGGAGCAGUGCGCAAUCAACGAGACGCUCAGACAGCGGCUGGCUGAUGAGGAGGAGCGAUUCAGAGUGCAGAUGGCAGAGCGAACCAACGAGGUGACUGAACUGAAACGCAACCUCGCCCAGGCUCUUAAAGACAAACAGCAGCUUCAGGAGAAGCUGCAGCGAUAUGUGUCCAGGCAGAGGGACAUGGAGGCUGGCAUUCAGGGUGCGGAGGUCCGGCAGCCCAUGGUGCUGCGCUACCCUCUCCCCUACCCCCAGAACCCGUCCCCACCCCCCCUCGUGCCACAGAGGCCGGCCGAGCUGCAGUACGGCAACCCUUACUCCACUGAAACCUCCAAAGCCGUGGACCGGGCGGACAGGCCGUCGUCCCCCGAUCCCGCGUCCCGUCCUCCGCCGGAAGCGCCAGCCUGCGCCCCUCCCUGCGCCCCACCCAUGUCGCCGCCCAGCCCCAGCCCAGGAGCGCCUGGCUGGGAGCGGGAGGUGGUCUGCAUCCAGCCGUCCCGCAGCACCAGCGCCCCCGAGAACGCCGAGCCUCCGCCGGAGGAGGCGCGCCAAGUUGUCAGUGGAGCUCAGCCGUCAUGUGAUCAUCAGUCCAACAGACGCAGUGAGGCGAGGAGCAGCUUCUGCUUUGACUCCAGCAGUGACGUACACAAGCGCUGCCCUCUGUGCGAGGUGAUCUUCCCACCCCACUUUGAGCAGCGCAGCUUCGAGCAGCACGUGGAGAGCCACUGGAAGGUGUGUCCCGUGUGCUCCGAGCAGUUCCCCCUCAACUGUCAGCAGCAGCUCUUCGAGAGGCACGUCCUCACGCACUUCGACGGCCACGUGCUCAACUUCGAGCAGAUCGAAUGAAAGGGACGGCYGAGGACUGAGCUCUGAACUCUUGUUCCGCUGUACAGGUAACGCUUUUCGUUCAGCCGGUUAGGUCGACAUGUUAUUGUGUACAAUCAUGAGCACUUUUUUCCCCUUUUUAUUUGGGCAAUUUUAAACAUUCUAAAAAGAACGCACUUUGGAAAGGAUGAGGAGUUAAUCUGGAACUGCUUUCACUUUAACACAUUACGAGUAAGGCAUCAAUCCCUUACUUAAGUGCAUGCUUUUAUAAUUAAUUUAUUCUGCAAACAAAAUGUAAUUGUAGCAAAAUCAGCUUUGGUUUGGAUGAGAAAAAAAACAUUAUAAAAUUAUCCCAGUCCUGAAAUGAACUUGAACAUAUAUAAAUUUAAAAAAAAACAUUUUUUUCGUUGUCCUACAGAAUUUAAAGCUUGACAGUGUGUAAAUGCAAAACGAUAGUUAAGACUCCUGAAUGUGUACAUAACACUGUUCAGUUGUACAUAAGUGAUUAGAGAAGAUGUCAGAUGGUUUUAAAGAGAAGCAGCACUGUUUCCACGUAUCUGCACUAAAAUAAGGCUUUAUUCUGAAUGUACUGUACAGACAAGAUGUUUGUGAAGAGACCUGUGGGUUGCUGUUGUAAAUCUGUCUCCAUUGUCACCUUCCUCRAGUUUAAAUGAAAGAAAACUUGUUUUUACUUCUUGCUGUGCACUUUUUUCUUUUAAGUCAUAAGCAGCUGGGUGGAGAGGUGAAACAAACAAAAUAUAUUAAAAAAUAAAAAUAAAAAAGCAAGGUUACUGAUAUUGUUUUUUAAGCAAGGACUGUGAAAUUGUUGUUUUGUGUGCAAGUCUGUGAGCCUUCAUGACUGAAUGUGAUUUAAAUGUGUCGACUGCUUCGUACCGCUGCUCGUCUAAUCUACUGUCCUUACAAAGUGUUUUCUGACGGCUUUAAAACAAAACAAACAAAAAAAACRGCACGUCUGGAAAUCUCAAGGCAAAUAUUUGUGUACAUCAUGAGUCCUUUUCACGUGAGAAUGUUGGAAAGAUAAUUUAAAUGUGUACUGCAAAGAUCUUUAUGAAUAAAUUAAGCUUGUCUAAAUGAA